UAAAAUUUAAUGUUUAGAUUUGUGUACUAACUGUGCAUUUGUUUUGUCGUGUAUUCAGACAAUGAAAUCCCUUCGAGCUUCUGGUUCUGAUGAACACAAAUCUGCGCCCAAUUUGAGUCGAUCUCAACACCAAAACCUCCGAAACACGACAACCGCUAACCCGAGAGACGUAUCGAUUACUGUCGCCAAUCAAACGGUUGUGACGAACAGCGCGACCAAUAACGCCGGCGCCGCCAAUAAAAAACACGGAUUGGGUUUACGAAGGUUUUCGUUGCGGCGCCUCUUCAACCAGUCAACCAUUGGACGCACUGUCAGCACAAGACAUAGUAAGCCUCCAAAAGAGAAACACUCCUCCGAUAGUGGAUCCGCUUCCGAUACUAAGAGCGUCACAAACGUGAGGAGUGGUUCCCAUCGGCCCACGUGUUCCACAUUCGAUGUCGAGUCCUACUCCUUGUCGAGCGGUCGCAGCGAAUACUUCAACGCAACGGUUCCCUCGUUUGUCGACAAUUCGAGCUGUUCUUCGGGUUCGAUGGAGUGUCCGCUGUGUCUGUUGGAACAGCCCUUCUUAAACUUCCCGGAGCUGAGCACAUGUACCCAUCGGGCGUGUCAUCAUUGUCUGCAACAGUACCUGAAGAUCGAGAUCCUCGAGAGUCGAAUAAACAUAAAUUGUCCGGAAUGUACGGAACCGCUCCAUCCAAACGAUAUCCAAAGAAUACUUAAUUUCGAUACAAAUUUAAUGGAAAAAUACGAGACAUUUAUGUUGAGGAGAAUAUUAGUGACAGAACCGGACGCCCGUUGGUGUCCGGCGCCGGACUGCAGCUACUGUGUGAUCGCCAGCGGGUGCGCCAGUUGUCCCAAACUGAAGUGCGAACGACCCGGUUGUGAGACAUCGUUCUGCUAUCACUGCAAACAGGAAUGGCAUCCAAACCAGACGUGCGACGCGGCCCGAGCCCAGCGAGGCCUCCGCUACGCAGGACACGGGGGAAAGGGGUCGUCCGUGUCGUUCAGUCACGACUCGAUCGUGCAGAGGGACGACAUAAAGCCCUGUCCCUGUUGUAAAGUGUUGAUCAUUAAGAUGGACGACGGCUCCUGUAAUCACAUGACGUGUUCGGUCUGCGGGACGGAGUUCUGUUGGCUGUGUAUGAAAGAGAUCUCUGAUCUGCACUACUUGUCCCCAUCCGGCUGUACCUUUUGGGGCAAAAAGCCGUGGAGUCGCAAGAAGAAGAUCAUGUGGCAGUUGGGUAUGUUAGUCGGCGCCCCCGUCGGCAUCGCACUCAUCGCCGGCAUCGCUGUGCCCGCCAUUAUCAUCGGUAUUCCCGUAUGGGUCGGCCGUAAACUGCACGCCCGCUUCGAGAGGCACCAAAUGAGUCGCCAUAAGAGGAAUAUAUUGGUGACGACCGGAGUGUUGACGUCUAUAUUCGUGUCGCCCAUAUUGGCGGCCGUGGCCGUCGGCAUCGGAGUUCCCAUUCUGUUGGCCUACGUGUAUGGCGUGGUUCCCAUAUCGUUGUGCCGGAGCGGUGGCUGCGGUGUCAUAACGUCCGCCUCCGGAGUGCGCAUCGAAUUGGAUGAGGAGAAUGAGAUCGGCAUCAAUGGCUCCAAUGUGGCCGCCGAUGGAGUCAGUGUUGACACCGCUCUCAGCAAUCGUGGUGUGAAUCCCAGUAUAGGCGAACUGUCGUUAGGUCUGUCCACUAGCCUCUCGAUGGGCAGCGGAAGUCAUUUAGACCGCGUGGGCGUCGACCGCGAGAACUCGUCGACGGCCGCCUGUGCCGGCAGUAUCGCCAGCGGAACGCUCUCUACGGCACACAAAGUGGAAAUACAGGCCGACGUCUCGUCCAACAAACGGUUCAGUCUUAGCAGCCAUUGCGAGACGGCGUCGGCGACCCUCAGCUUCGGCGAGCGCUCGACAAACAUAUCAUAUAUGGACGACGCGAGUGUCAAAGCGUUGGCCGGAAGUAUAGUCGGCUAUAAAGACGCCGUCAUCGGUGGCUACUCAUCCAACUCAGUCACGCCCGUCGAGGUACACAUCGACCCAUCAUUCGCGCCAAACACCACUGAAAACGAUUUCAACUCAUUCUGUGUGUCACCCGAACAACAGUCCACCGCCAGUCGGCUCAGCAAUGAUAACCAGUACCCCAUAUGUCCGCCACUCGACUACAUCGACGAUACUCCCAGUCCUUUAGACCACAUCAGUGACAACGUCUUCACGCCGACCAGUCGUUCGCCAAACGGCUCCUACAGUUCGUCGCAAACGAAGCAUUUGAUCGGAAAGUUUGAGUCGAAAUCGUUGGAACACUUAACCAAUUACUGCGAGUUGUGUCACAAGAGCCAUAAGCCCUGUUGUCCCAACUAUUCCUCGCAAACACAUCAGUCAAGCAAAGCCGCCGGCGCUAAGUCAUCGUCAGCGCCGCGCAGACAACAGUCCCGUUCGGUCGACACCACCGAAGAGCAGCGCAAACCCAACAAGAAGUCCACCAAAAGGCGAACGUCGAGCACAAAGUCGAGACAGUGCUCGGCGUCGGGCGCCGCCAUCGAGUGCCACAAAGAGCUGAGUCGUGUCCACAGCUCUGAGUGCAACAUAACUGACGCGAAAGCGAUGAGCGCUCCGAAGACGUCGUUUUCGUUGACAUUCAGCUCAAUGCCGACGUCGACGGCCACCAUCAAUGAGAUGCAGUCGUCGCCCACCGGUGACCACAACUCCUCCGCUCGAGCUUACAGUAAGAAUUCGUUCACCAAAUACUUUAUGCAACAAAACAAACCACACGUUCAACAAAUGCCCACAAACUCUAAGUACACGACAAUUAGUCUCAACAAUGAGUUCAACGAUCCAUCAAAAGAUGCGUUUUCUAUGAAAUCGAGUGAAGUAUGAGAUUGUAAUUGACUUACGAUUCCAAUAGUACCAAGGUACUGUAUAUGCAUUACUUUCACUAACAAGAGGACUAUAUUUUGAUAUUCAUCUCAACAAUCAUAUUAUAUAUUAUUAUCGAAAUUAAAUGUCAAUGAAAUAGCGAAACAAAUAUUUGAAACAAACAAC